AUGGCAGUACUCAAACCAUUCAAAGGUGAUUACUACCUCUGGGAGUAUCUACCAAGCCUCACAGGCGCCAUAUCAUUCACAAUCGCAUUUCUUCUCAUUACUUCAGCUCAAGGAUGGUGCAUGUUCAAAGGGAAGCAUUGGUUUUGCAUACCGUUUUUCAUCGGCGGUGUUUGCGAAGUACUUGGAUAUCUCUUUCGAGCCCUCGCCUGGAACGCCACCAAUUCCCUUGCAAUAUACAUCAUGCAAUCACUCUUCCUCCUACUUCCACCUGUCUUCUUCGCCGCGACAUUAUACAUGGUCUACUCUCGCAUCGUCAGGGCUGUAGGCGGAGAAAAUUGCUCUCUUAUCUCAGUCCGGAAAACAACCCGUCUUUUUGUCAUUGGAGAUUUCAUCACUUUCAAUAUCCAAGGCAAUGGAGGUGGAUUACUAGCCAAUGAGAAACUCGCCAACGCCGGCAAGAUCAUCGUCAUCAUUGGUCUGAUCGCACAGAUUAUCCUCUUCCUCGCAUUCGCAGUCUGCUGUGUGGUAUUCCACAGACGAUUUCGAGUCCAUUUGAGACAGUCUCAUACUCCUGUCGAGAUUCGCUGGGAAGCAUACAUCAACAUGCUCUACGUCACUUCAGCUCUUAUUCUUGUCCGGAAUAUCUUUAGAGUCGUCGAGUUCGUCAUGGAUAAGGAAGGCUAUCUUCAACAAAAAGAGUGGCCGACUUUUCUCUUUGACUCUGUCUUGAUGUUUCUGGUGAUGGUUGCUUUUUAUAUAUGGUAUCCUGGAGACAUCACAUCACGGCUGAGGGACUCUACCAUUGAGCUUGUACCGAAACGAAAGAUUAACAUGAGAGAAGCUGGUGGUUCAGAUUGA